GAUUGCCGAGUUCCAUGGCUAAGAUUAAAGCCUUCGAGCCUACAUUAGCCACAACAAUCGCUUCCUGUUCAAGAGGAUUCCCUUCAGUGGGGAUACAAUAACACAUCCGUGAAGGUCCUCCGUAUGCUUUGGCGGAUACGAUGGAUUUCAACGUAAAGAAAUUGGCGUCCGACGCGGGGGUGUUUUUCGGCCGAGCCGUUCAGUUCACAGAAGAGAAGCUGGGCCAGGCUGAGAAGACAGAGCUUGACACACACCUGGAGAACCUGAUCACCCGCGCAGACAACACCAAGAACUGGACCGAGAAGAUCUUCAGACAAACGGAGGUGCUCUUGCAACCCAAUCCGAGCGCCCGCAUCGAAGAGUUCUUCUAUGAGAAGCUGGACAAGAAGGUCCCGUCCCGGGUCACCAAUGGGGAGCUCCUGGGCCAGUACAUGCUGGAGGCCUCCCGGGACUUUGGUCCCGAGACCCCCUACGGCAGCACCCUCAGCACCGUGGGGGAGUACCAGAGGAGACUGGGGGGGGCAGAGAGGGAGUUCCUGCUCACCUCCUCCAUGAACUUCCUCACACCGCUACGCAACUUCCUGGAAGGGGACUGGAAGACCAUAGCAAAAGAGAAGCGGCUACUGGAGAACCGAAGGCUGGACCUGGACAUCUGUAAAGCCAGGGUGAAGAAGUCCAAGCAGGCCGAGGCCAAAGCUGCGACUGCUCCAGAUUUUCAGGAGACGAGGCCUCGCAACUACGUGCUGUCUGCCAGCGCAUCAGCGCUGCUAAGUGAGGAGGUGGACAAAGCGGAGCAUGAGCUCCGUGUUGCCCAGACGGAGUUUGACCGUCAGGCGGAGGUCACCAGACUACUGCUGGAGGGCAUCAGCAGCACACACUUGAACCACUUGCGUUGUCUGCACGAGUUCGCCGAAGCGCAGGCCAAAUACUACGCCCAGUGUCAUCAGUUCAUGCUGGAGCUUCAGAAGGAGCUCAACGGGACGUCUGCCACGGCUGCCCCCUCCUCCUCUGCCGCGUCCGCCUCCGCGGCGCCCCCCCGGCCCGACAGCGUGGCCAUCGAGGACAUGAUCCUGCCGGCCACGGGCACCAGGAAGGCCCGGGUGCUGUACGACUACGACGCCCACGACUCCAGCGAGCUAUCCCUCCUGGCCGACGAGGUGAUCACUGUGUACACGGUACCCGGCAUGGAUCCUGAUUGGCUGGUCGGCGAGAAGGGGAACCAGAAGGGCAAAGUCCCGGUCACCUACCUGGAGUUGCUGAGCUAAUGGACACGCCCUCACGCACAUGCACACGUGCACGCACAUGCACAUGCAGACAUACACGCACACACACAUACAAACACACAUGCAUACACACACAUGCAUACACACACACACACACACGCGUGUAUAAACGUCUACCUGUUGCUAAAUAGUGUGCAUCAUGCACACCAAGGUUUAGUCAAAGUUGAAGGAAAGGUUAAUUAAAUUGGUUCAAAUAGACUUCUCAUGUCUAGUAAAGUGUGUGUGACGUUAGAAACAAGUCACGGUGAGAUUUGGGUCGGUAAAUGUAAAUGAACGUUUCUCGUCGGUGUAGAUUGUGUUAGUGGAUCAUUGGAUUGGUGAUAGUGUUGGCAGUUUGGUGUAAACUACAGGUUAAAUAGGAAUUAAAGCCUGAUGAGAAUAACAUAUAGAAUAUUGAAUUUAGAAUAAAGAACAUAUAAUACAUAAAGAACCAGCCUUUGACAUUUCAUCGGUUAUAUAUUUAUGUAUUCUAGAUAGACAUUAGAAAUAUCAAAUAUUUGCCUAGAAGCUGUAUUGUGUUCACAAUAAUUUCCAUAUUUUCUAAAAUUACAUAUAAUCCAAUGAAAAUCACAGGAAAUAACAGUAAUUACAUGCUGGAUUAUUUUUUAAAACCAAUUUGAACAGCCUUCGAGCGUUUCCCGAUACACUCCGGGCAGACAGAUGUUUGUCAAUGUUACAGUUCUUUAGUGUUCUAUUUUGUUGCGUCUCUGACGUUCGACCAAAGUACGAAUCAAAACGUCACCAAGGGCUGAAGCACCCCAAAGGUUUUUCUUUUAAAACACAUUUAACGAUAGAGGAUUGGUCCGGAUCAGAAUUAGUGCUGUCAACAUGUUACAGAUGGGUUCAAAACACUACACGAGCCUUUAGUGAUUGCACAAGGAGGGAGUGGGGAGGGAGAUGAUUGGGAGGGAGAGGGGGGGGGGGGUGGGAUGAUUGCUGGCUUCAGUCAAGAGGAACUGUUUGACUAAUGGAGACUCUAUUGGCUAUAUUCUUAGACUUUAAAAUAUAAAUCUGUUAACAUUUGAUCAUAAACAAAAGUUACAAUAGUUAAUAUAUUAUUUAUAACAUAUUGGAAGGAUAUUAUUAAGGUGUUAUUAUUAUGUCUAAUCUGAUUUAGUGUAGACAUUAACUGAAUGGCAAAGAUAAGGCUGGCAAACAAAUAUGACCUAUGAAUAAAUUAUAUAUUGAAAAUAGCGGCAAUAUCAAUUUGACUAAUAUAUAAUGGCAUAAUGCGUGAAGUUGCCUUGUAGUCUAUGUGGCAUGUUUGUGUUUCUCUCCCAUUCUGUCUCCAUAACACGCGUCUUUAUUUCUGGAGGAUUUCUAAGAGGAUGCCCAAGAGUUUCUGCUUUUAGCAGAAAGACCAGUGAGAGAUGAACGGCAUUGGUUAUCAUAACCGGGUUUGGCAUCUGAAGGUUUGCUAUCACCGCAUUGUAGACUUGGCGUUGCAUUUGGUUUCGCUGUGCGGUUGACGUUUUAAGAAAGGUUAACGGCGUACGAUAAUAAGUGUGUCAUUUGAACGCAAGCGCUUCGGACAUUGUAGUGCACUACUUUAAAGUUUAAGUUGAAUGUCUUAUUUAUGUUGAAUAUGUAUUUCAUGAGGUUAUCAUGUGAGAGGCAAGUGUGUGAGAAAAGGAGAGCAGGAGAUGGGAAACAUGUGUUUUGUUUUUGCACAAUACCUUGAACUUGAGGUUGUUGCCCAAGGUUUUGUUUUUUUAAUUUAAGUGGUUAAUGUUUUUGAAAUACUGGAACUGUACUUCAAAGUUUUUGUUCCCUUUUGGUCAACAUUCAAAAUUGAGUUUACUGUUCUUAAAGUCUCUUGUAUGCGGAGAUUCCUUAUUACAAUCGUAAAAAGGAAUAGCCAUUUUUAUUUAUUUUAUCCUAAGUCAUUAUCUGUUGUCCUGUGUGUUUGUGUGUGUGUGUGUGUGUGUGUGUGUGCGUUAACUAUCUGCCUGCUCUUCCUUGUGAUGUCCUUCAAGCCUAAGUUAACUCGAUGUGCGCAUUAUGUCUGUUGCCUUUUUAAAUGUGUUUCACAGCAGGUAUUUGAACUUGAUCAGAAAAUGUUUGAGUUUAGAAAGAAUCAAAUAUCUCCAAAUGGUGGUUUUACUGGAAGGCACUGCAUAUUCUCUCUGGUUUGAUGUGCAAUAAAAAUGCAUGUGUGAUAUUGCACAGUGAGUUCUGGUUUGAAUUUUCUUCAACUGAGUGCAUGGAGGCAAAAAC